AUCUUGCUUAAAGCAUCCCAUUCUUUUCUAUUGUCCGUGAUUUUUAAUUUAGAGAAUGGGUUCCUUAACCUUUGCUGAAAAGCCUCAUGCAGUCUGCAUCCCUUACCCAGCUCAAGGCCACAUAAAUCCCAUGCUAAAACUAGCCAAAUUGUUACACCACAAAGGCUUCCAUAUUACCUUUGUUAACACCGAAUACAACCACAAUCGCCUCCUCAAAUCUCGAGGCCCAGACUCUCUCAAUGGCCUCCCUUCCUUUCAAUUUCGUACCAUCCCCGAUGGUCUCCCUCCUACUGACACUGAUGCUACCCAGGACAUACCGUCCUUGUGCCAGUCUACCAGGAAAACUUGCUUGUCACCCUUUAGAGACCUCCUCUCUAAGCUCAAUCACACCUCUUCAUCCAACGUUCCUCCUGUUACUUGCAUAGUUUCAGAUGGGGUCAUGAGCUUCACCCUUGAUGCAGCACAAGAGCUUGGCAUUCCUGAGGUUCUGUUUUGGACAACUAGUGCUUGUGGCUUUAUGGCAUAUCUUCACUAUCGCCACUUAAUUGAGAAGGGUUUCACACCUUUGAAAGAUGAGAGCUACUUGACAAAUGGUUACUUGGAUACUGUUAUAGACUGGAUUCCAGGCAUGAAAGGUAUCCGCUUGAGGGAUAUUCCAAGUUUUAUUAGAACUACAGAUCCCGAAGAUGGUAUGCUAGAUUUUGUACUUUCAGAGACAAAAAGAGCGCAGAAAGCCUCUGCAAUUAUCUUGAAUACCUUUGAUGCCUUAGAGCAUGACGUUUUAUCUGCACUUUCUUCAUUGUUGCCUCCUGUGUACUCCAUUGGUUCUCUUCAACUUAUCCUCAAUAACGUUAAUGAUGAGGACUUAAAGUUGAUAGGAUCAAAUUUAUGGAAGGAGGAAUCUGGUUGUCUUGAGUGGCUAGACUCAAAAGAACCCAACUCUGUUGUUUACGUCAAUUUUGGAAGCAUCACUGUCAUGACAACUGAGCAAUUGGUGGAGUUUGCUUGGGGACUUGCUAACAGCAGCCAAACAUUUUUGUGGGUCAUUAGACCAGACCUUGUUUCUGGGGACACAGCGGUUCUCCCAGCAGAGUUUUUGACGGUGACUAAAGAAAGAGGUCUUCUAGCUAGCUGGUGCCCACAGGAACAAGUACUAAACCACCCAUCAAUCGGGGCGUUCUUAACACACAAUGGAUGGAACUCUACACUCGAAAGUAUUUGUGGAGGAGUGCCUAUGAUUUGCUGGCCUUUCUUCGCGGAGCAACAGACCAAUUGCAGAUACUGUUGCAAAGAAUGGGGCAUAGGUAUGGAGAUAAACAGUAAUGUAAAGAGAGAUGAAAUUGAGAGCCUAGUGAUAGAGUUAAUGGAAGCAGACAAGGGUAAAGAAAUGAAAAAGAAAGCCAUGGAAUGGAGGAAGAUGGCAGAGGAGGCUGCUGCUAGUCUCGAAGGUUCAUCUUUUCGGAAUUUGGACAACUUGAUCAACCAAGUGCUCUUAUCUUCGAAAAAUUAUAGUGAUCGCGGGAUGUAGGAUUAUUUUCAUGUAAUAAAAAAUCAGUAGCAGUUAAAUGGGCCUUAAAAAUUUAUAAAUUAAUAAUAACACUACUUGUUUGUUUCUAACUUCCUAUUUUUCUUUCUUCUCUCUAGAUUUUCUUUUAUUCUAUGUAUUUUUUCUAUUUCUAUUGGUAGAAAAUCCAAUUUAGUGA